AUGGCGUCUGCCUUUUCACUUCCACCCUCCCUGGGAACCGGCGCAGCUCUGGCGCGCCGCAGUUGGCAGACGGCACAGGCGGUCGCGCGGCGGCAGCUGCUCACCUCGCUGGAGAUUCCCGUGCGCGAUCCUGCGUACCCAUGGGUCAUGCAGUGGCUCGUUGCCAGAGGCUGUUUGGCGCACCAUCUCGGCGUCUCGACUGAGUACUGCAAAGACAACGCUGGCAACGUUCAGGCCGUCUUCAAUUUCAUUCCGAGCCCCGGCCGGCACGUGAUGCGCUACAAACACGCCUUCCUCGUCAUCGAGCGCACGCGAUCGGGCGAGACGAUGGACUUUCAGACGGGCACGCCCUGGGAGACGCUGACGCUGCAGACGCUCGCCCUCCAGCGCCACGUCAUCCACGAAAUCCUUGAAGAGGCUCGUCGCAUCGCGCUCGAAAAGGAGGAAGGGAAGACCGUCGUAUUCCGAAGCGUCGCUUCCGAGUGGAGGCGAUACGGCGAGCCCAAGACUGUGCGGCCGUUUGAUUCGGUCAUCUUGGCUGACGGCGUGGCUGAGCACGUCUUCGAAGACGUGCAGAGCUUCUUGAAGGCGUCGGACUGGUAUCUCGCGCGCGGCAUUCCCUACCGAAGAGGUUACCUGCUCCACGGUCCGCCCGGAUGUGGCAAAAGCAGCUUUGUCAUGGCUCUGGCUGGCAAACUCAAGUAUAACAUCUGCGUCAUGAAUGUCGGCGACCCUCUCAUGACUGACGACCGGCUUCAGUACCUCCUUGCGACGGUCCCUCCUCAGUCUAUUCUGCUUCUCGAGGACAUUGACGGCGCGAUCCAGCGGUCGGAGACAGUCGCCGGUGGAGGCGUCGCAGAGGACCGCAAGGGCGCGAAUCCCUACGGCAUGCGCGGCGUGACGUUCAGCGGCCUGUUGAAUGCCCUCGAUGGAGUCGUGGCAACCGAGGAGCGCGUCACGUUCAUGACCACCAAUCACCCUGAAAGACUUCCUGAUUCGCUCAUUCGCCCGGGUCGCAUCGACAUCAAGGUUAGAGUUGGAUACGCCACCCCGCUACAGCUGCGGAGACAGUUCCUCCGGUUUUUCCCGGGAGAGGAAGAGUCAGCGGACAAGUUUGUGGAGAUUCUAGGCGGCAUUCAGUUAUCUAUGGCGGAGCUCCAAGGAUUCUUCCUGUUCUGCAAAGAAAACGUCGCGCAGGCCUUGCAUAUGGCUGAAUCGUGGAGAAAAGCUGAUCAAGAAGCCCGCGAGGCGGUGAGGCGGGAACGUGAGGAGGCAAAGAGCGGGAACGGCGCUCCGGCUCGGGAAGGAGAGGAAGGCCUCCCACUCCAGCAUGAAACAAAAGGAAAUUCACAAGCAGUUCAAGCGUCCGAUUCCGCGGCACACGCAGCGGAAACGGAGAAGACUGAGCCUGCCGAGAAGAAGAGUGCAGCAUUAUCCAACUAG